ACAGUGUCGUCGAUGUUAGUGUGUGCGUGUGUGUGUGUGAACGAGUUGAUUUACUUUGAAAUACUCAACCAAACACAAAAUGUCAACAAUAUAAAUUAUUUUUUGUUGCAUUUUGCCAUAGACAGGUGCUAAACGAGUGCAGUAGGCAGCAGCAGCAAUAAUAACAACCAACAGUAAUAACAAUAACAAUAGCAGGGCAGCUGCUGCUAGAAGGAAUUAUACAAAACAACAACAAAGGCAACAACACGCACAACACACACACACACACACAUUUGCAGAAGACAGGCGGAAAAACAAAUACAAACAAAGGCAGCUUUUCCAGAAAUUGGGUCGCGUUCGUUUUUUUUUUGGUGGAUUUCUUGUUAUGACAACUUUGAAUAAAUGUUUCGCCUGAGACGCAGGUGGACACAGUAGACACCUUUUCCCCCUCCCACCCCGCAGCAGAACGGCAGCAAUGAGCGUCGUUGGCAAGCAAUUGAAUCCGGUGCAAUCGUCCUCAGCCACCUCCAGCGCCUCCUCAUCCACAACCGUAUCUGGUGCAGCGGGCAGCAGCAGUAGCGAAUCGAGCAAUGCAGUUGCAGCUGGGGCAAGUGUCGCCGCCGGCGGCGAUGGGAAGCGUGGCAAGGAGGAAUCGAAUGUGACGCCGGAGGAUGUGCUGCAUCUGACGAAGAUAACCGAUGAUUAUCUCUGCUCGGCGAACGCCAAUGUGUUCGAAAUUGACUUUACACGGUUCAAGAUACGCGACCUGGAGAGCGGUGCCGUCCUCUUUGAGAUUGCCAAGCCGCCCAGCGAGCAGUAUCCCGAUGGGCUAUCCAUCGAGGAGACCAUGCUGGCCGCUGCCGAGGAUCUGUCGCUCGAUGACACUGCCGAUCCCAAUGCCGGACGCUAUGUCCGCUAUCAGUUCACCCCAGCGUUUCUCAAUCUCAAGACAGUGGGCGCCACGGUGGAGUUCACUGUGGGCAGCCAGCCAGUGAACAAUUUUCGCAUGAUUGAGCGUCACUUUUUCCGCGAUCGCUUGCUAAAAACAUUCGAUUUUGAGUUCGGAUAUUGCAUUCCAUAUUCCAAGAAUACGUGCGAGCACAUUUACGAGUUUCCUAAUCUUCCACCAGACCUGGUUGCUGAAAUGAUAUCGAGUCCCUUUGAGACGCGCUCGGACAGCUUUUACUUUGUGGAAAAUCGACUCGUCAUGCACAAUAAGGCGGACUACGCCUACGACGGCGGGAUAAUUGUCUAAUCGUCUAACGGAGAUGAGAGCUAAAGAAUUGAUGCAGCUGUUAACUAAAUCUAAAACCUAGAACAAACAACUAAACUAACAAAACUACAUUGCUGACUCACUCAUACACACACACACACACACACAACACGAAAACCAAAGCAAGCCACAAAUUUAUGAAAACUAAAAGAAAACAAAAACAAAAACAAAAAUGAAAAUGAAGGAAAAAAACCAUUUUAGCCUUAGCACAAUGUUUUACCCACCAUUCCUGUUUAAUGUAUUUAUUAUAAUAAACACACAUACACCUCCAUAAGCAUACACACACACACACACACACACGCACGCAAACUGUGUUCAUUUAUAAGAAGUGUUAAACAAAAACAAAACAAAAAUGGAAUAUUUUAUUUGAAAAAUCUAUUUAAUUUGUAAGUUCAAUGUGAUUUCCCCUUCUGCAUCCCAAAUACUCCCCCCAAAACCUUAUUUGUAUUUUAUUUAUUAUGUUGUACUUUAAGCCAGCCACAUACAUAUUAUACACAUAUAUAUACAUACAUAUAUAUAUAUAUAUAUACGAUCAUGCAGCGUUUUUGUAUGCCGCAUGCUGAAUUUAUUUAAGUAACGUUUUUUAUGUAUUACCUUUUUAUUGUUUGUUUGUUAGUUUCGUCUUUUUGUGUAUGUAUGUGUUAAGAUAUUUUAAAAGCCGUCUUUACUAUAUAAAUUCCAAACAUGAGAACGAGAAUUAAAUUUACAU